ACAGAUGUUUGGCUGAAAACUAGAAAGUUUAGAGAUAUAAUUACGAAAUCUAUUAAUAUGCCGGACUUAGAACAUAUAAAAGCCUGGGUCAAGCCUAAACCUGUUCAUUCUUAUAGUCGUAGUCUUUAUAUUUAUCCAUUCUUUAGCUCAUAAUCUCAUUCUCUCAAUUCCUCCUCGUUUUUUCCUCAUAUGUUUCCUAUUUGCGUAGGUGGAGGGUUGUGGGUUUAUGUGUGUUUGUGACGGUGUUUGUCUGUGUUACUGGUCCUUUGUUGCAAGGCUGAUCUGCGGCCCAUACCGCCCCAUUCUCCCCGACUCUACUAAUCUAAAACCCACUUCUUCAGUUUUGGUUUAGAGGAUCCAGCGUUAUGUUGUUCCGAAAUACUAGUGACGAGAGUAGCGCUUAGCCAGCUCCUGUGGAGUGUGUUUUUCAGGCCACGAGACCUGAGUGAGAAUAUUCCACAGGUGUGUGUCUCUAGUUUUGCAAUCAGCAACCUGGGCGUGUCUAAAUUUACGCCCACAAACCAAGAAAUAGGAGUGAGGGUAUAGACAGGUCUUACCACUCAGUUCUUCUCAACCAGUUUAGAGAAAGAUACUGAAAAAGAGGUCCUAUUCUGAAAUGAAGUGGAAUGAAGUCUAAAUCUAGUGAUACUCCUCAGACUGACUCCGAGACUAGGAGAACAGCAAGCCAGGAGAGUCCAGCUGUUAGAAAUAAAGUUUCUAACAAAACCAGCAAUGGUAAAAGAAAUGGUUCGCAUGGUAUUUCUGCUCCAUCAAAACCCAACGUAACUGGACCUGGUAGAACUCCUCAAACUAAACGAAGAGAGUUUUCUAUUCCCCAGAAUGAGAAGAACUUAUCAAAUGUUUCUCCGAGGAGCCGUGAAUCUGAGAAACCUCAAGCGCAAGCGCGAGCACCAAAUCAGAAUAGAUCUAAGAAUGAGAUAUCUAAAAUUGAUCCGAACCGUAAAAGUUCUUCUUCCAGUCAAGAUUCUGGAAUUGGACGGGAUAUUAAGUCCAAUCGACAAGAACAGACCAAGCCAGCACAGUCAGUGUCAAAAACCAAAACAAAUCCUGUAAUAUGCACAGUCAGUGCUGAAACCGUAGAAUUGGAAGUUUCAAAUAGAAAAAAGUUUGAAGAUUUGUGUGACGUCAAGAAUGUUGAAAUGGGAAUAGUGAAAGUUUCACCAGAAAUACUACAGGAUCUCAUCCAUAAAGGGAAUAUAGAGACCUACUACGAUGUGGACCCUAUUCCUGUUGCCAGUGGCCUGUUUGCCACUGUCAAGAAGUGCACAAAUAAAGAAACGGGUGUGGAAUAUGCUGCAAAGUUUUCAUCAAGAGUUCGAUAUGGAGCGGACUGCACGUCAGAGGUUCUUCAUGAAAUUGCUCUCCUCUCCAUCUGUGUUGAAUCAUCCAAGAUUGUGCAUCUCAAAGACGUAUUUCAAAGCAAGCAUGAAAUUGUUCUAGUUCUUGAAUAUGCUCCUGGGGGAGAUUUUCAAUCUGUUCUUGACGACGAUAUGGUUCCAUUUGAGCAGGAUGUACAAGGAUUUAUUCUACAGAUUUUGGAAGCUCUUCAAUACAUUCAUCUACGGAAGAUUGCCCAUUUAGAUAUUAAGCCGCAGAAUAUAGUUCUUAUGAGUGAGUUUCCGAAUUGUGAAAUCAAGCUCUGUGAUCUGGAGGUAUCCAGAGUUAUCCAAAGCUCAGAGCAAAUUCGUGAGAUAAUUGGUACUCCAGAUUAUGUGGCUCCCGAAAUACUAGCCAUGGAGCCGAUAACCCUUGCAGCAGAUAUAUGGUCACUUGGGGUAGUGGCGUACGUUCUUCUCACAGGGUUCUCUCCUUUUGGAGGAGAUAGUGACCAGGAGACUUUAAGAAACAUAUCCACAGCCUCACUUGAUUUCCCUGCAGAACUGUUCGAGGGAGUUUCGGAAGAUGCCAAGGAUUUUAUAUCUCGUUGUUUGAACAGAAAUCCCAAAAAAAGGCCGUCAGUUGAUGAAUGUAUGCAACAUCCUUGGAUAUCUCAGAACGACGAGCCUCCCUCCCCCUCUCCUCUAAUGCUAAAGAUACCCGCUCUUGAUCAUUUUUUGUCGCCAUAUUCUGGGGGAGACAACUACACAGGUUCUUCUAGAAGAUCCUGUCAAACCUGUAGAGAUAAGAUAACAGAAAGAAAGCGAUAUUUAUCAAAGUCUCGUGAAGCAAUAUUUGAAAAGGUUGCCAACAGUAACUUGAAAAAAAGUUUAUCAAAGUCUCGGGAACGGCUCUGUGAUAUGCGGCUAACCCUUAGUAAGUCAAGAGAUUACUUGAACGAAUCAAAGAUCGCUUCAAGAUCACAAGAAAAGCUGGUUGGAUACAAGAGUUUCAGCAAAUCUCAGGAGGUCUUGAGCCCAUUGCUAGUUGAGAAAAAUUCCAGGCAUAGAGUAAAUGGAGCCUUUUCAGACAUUACUCAUCUUCCAAACAUUCCUAGGAUUAAUAUUGCUACCCUUGACAAUUGUGAUUAUGUUGAUCUUCCUAGGAGUUCGGAAACCAAAUCGUCCUUGGACUCGCCGAACCUUUCUCCUAUCAGAACCCCUGAGUCUGGUACAAGUACAACAGGUUUCCUUUUCAGUUCACAAACCUUGCAAUCUGAUUCUCAGAUUGAGAACAAUGCAAACUCCAAAAAAGGAAAACAUCCGGAGACACUUCAUGAGGUUUCAGAUGAAGAUCUUGAAGACAUAGAAACCUUUGAGAAAAUUUCACCUCCAACUGUGUUAGUUUACACUGACGCUAUCUGCUUAAAUGAUAGAAAGUCCGAAGCCAAAACUAAUCGAAGGAAGAGUUGCAAUGAUUCUCUAAAUUCAAAAGGGUUCAUCGCAAAGGACGAGAAAAACAAUCGAAACUACGAGACUAAGCAUAGCAUGAUAAGAUCAUCCAGUGCUGACGGAAUUAAUAACAUGAGCAAAAAAAUUAGCAUUAGUAACCCAACACUUCAUACUCGUAGUAAUACAAGUGAGAUAGCCGUUCAAGUUGAUCUGAUUAAUUCUAAUUCUUUCUUGAAUUUUGUCCGAGAAGAUAACAAAGUAAAACCAGAAUUAACGUUGGGUAAAGAAGAUGAGAAUACCAGACCCGACCCUGUAAACAAAGAGAUAAAAAUGCGUCAGGUAUUUUUAAGCGAUGAAAAUGGAGAAGAAUCUAAAAGGCACUCUUGGCGAGAGGAGCUGGAGAAGUUUAGGGCAAAGAAAAAAUCUCUUGGUGUUUCGGACUUAAUAGAUACAUUUACCAAAAAUUCUGGUUCAAGAAAAUCGUUCGUGGAUAGCGCAUUUUUAUCUGACCUAGACCAGUUAAAGAUGAAAAGAAGAGGUUCUCUGCAACUUCAAAUUAACCCUGAGGAGCUUACAACGUUGACAGAUCAGGGAAGAGCUGAAAAGAGAUCUGGAUUUGAUACUAAACCACACAGGCGCAGAUCGACUAGUUACGUUUUGUCACCUAUUGUCACGUCAAAUAUUAAUGAGAAUAUAGUUACGCAAAACCAGAACCAAGCAGAAGUAAACGUACGCAAGAUAGAUAAACCAGCAAAGGAUAUUCAGGACCACGAGGAGAAAAAAGAAAAAGAUGAGAUUGAAAAAAAAGAAAAGAAGACAUACCCCGUUGAAGACCCAGAAAUUAUAAAUAAUAAAGGUCUCGUGUAUCUAGAAGAAGUAAACCAGAGAAAACGUACAUGGGAUUAUUUUGAAAUUAAUCAUCCUAAAGCAAUAUCGGAUGUAAAACUAGAACAACUAAAAUCAAAGUAUAAUCGGAGAAAAACUGAAACCAACUUAAAAGUUCAAUCCGAGGAAAAGAAGGAGUCCAGCAGUAAAGAAACUCCAAAAGUUAAAUCAGUUCCAGUUCCAUCCAGAACCAUUUCUGUUCCUGUUAUAAAAGGUUUAAGCAAAAUACAUUCGGAAAAUUUAGAUUUGGCUUGGGAUCCUCUAACAGGGGAGAGUGUUGACAACAAAGAUGUAUCUGUACACUCUGGAACCCAGGAUAACAUCAUCAACGAUACCGAAAGUGUUUCCGAAAAGAUCGCGUCUGAAGUUGUCCCAGAAAAUCCGGCUCUAAAACAUGAGAGUUUAGACAAACACAGCAAUCCCGAGAAAAUUAUUCCCGAUCAAAAAGUGCUUGAGUGCUUUAUUGAUCCAUUUACAGGCCAAUUCAUCAUGAAUCAAGUGCUAAAGAGGAAUGCCAACGACAGCAAUUGUGAUGAUGCUGUCAAUGCAAACAAUGCCAUGAACCUAUUUUGUAAUAAAUCUGGUCAGAAGGAUUCUGAUCAACAGAAUGUUCCCGCAGAUAAGAUCAAAAAGAAAAUGCAAACAGUUUAUAGAUUUAGUAAAUCCGAGUUUGCGGAUGAUUUUAAGGAUAAACAGUAUCCAACACCUGACAAGUAUAGAGCAGGAAUCAUCACAGACCCUAGUGAUAAUAUAUUGGACCAAUUUUCAACUAUUUCAAUCCAAGAACCUUCAAAUUCAAAUUGUAUGGAUUCCAACUUAGGUUUAAAGGGUCCAGAUAUAUUGCAUCCUGCAUUUAGACCACGAAGUUCUAGUGGCACUAAAGAGAGAUGCAAAGACACUAAGGUGUGUACAGGUUCUUAUUCUCGAGGAAUGGGAAGGUUUACAAGUGAAUCUCCAGCGGAAUCCACCUAAUUCAUACAGAAACUGAUUUUUGAACAACCUAUCCAUAUGUAGUUCAUGUAUGCGUUACCGUGGAAUGUUCAAUAUUUAUUUUUGGAUAGGCUAUUUACUGUCAAGAGGCAGGAAAUUGUUAUGAAAAAAAGAUAGAAUUCAACGUCCUUCAUUUGCAAAAAUGUUAAGUUGUUCUAAAAAUUAAAGAAUUGUUAUU